AUGUACAAUAGUGUCUAUGUCAUUGCGAUUCUACUACUUAUUCUGAAUUAUAAUCGUGUUCAAUCUUCUUCUUAUUCUAAUCCUACUCGUUGCCUUCCGAAUCGCCGUCAUCUGAAGAGCUCGAGUGGACACUACUUGCUAGGAAUUGAACAUGCUAUUAACAACGAAAAAAUAUGUAAACAGCGAUGUUCGGUUAACAAACGAUGUUCAACAGCAAGAUUCAACGAACAGUUUCAACGUUGUUAUCUAUUUCAAACUAUUCGGAAGAAUUCGCUUUAUCGACCUUAUCAAUCGAACUAUAUACAAGCAGAGUCUGCUGACUGCUCGGAAAAGUCUUCUUUUCUAUCGCAUAUCGAGCAAUUACAAGGCUUGAAUACUCAUUGUCUCUACGAUGCUUUACCUUGGCAACGUGCGCAACAUCCGAAUAUUUUCAAAUCUUAUACAUUGAUCGGUACGUCAUAUUUAGCUUGUCAAGAACUUUGCUCAUCUGUUCGUCGAUGUGCUGGUGUUCAAUAUCAAACACGUGGUGUACAACGUCACCAAUGUCAAUUAUUACGUUCCACGAAUCCAUGGGAAUUGACAUCGAGUAAAUCAGGGAUCGUAUUCGCUAAAAGAUCAUGUCAAGGGUUAGUUGACACAAAUAAUCCAUUGUCUGAGGACCAAAUACCUGUAUGUCACUUCGAAUAUUUCGGUCAAGGUCAACAUAAACAUGACAAAGAGAUGAUUCAGAGAUUACCUAAUCUAUCCGAAAUACAAUGUCAAUAUUUGUGUUCGACAAUGGUGAACUGCAUCGGCAUUGAAUUCAUCGAAAAGCGAUCUGAAUGUAUUCUUCUCUCGUCUAAUUUCAUUCAAAACGAUGGUACAAUCCAUGUGAAGUAUCAUCGUCGCCAUCAUCUCUACAUGAAACUCUCAUGCAGUACAUCGCUUCCUGAAUCAGUUCUACCGAAAUGUUUACUCGAUGAUAUUCAUUGUAAUUGUCAUGAAAAUCUCUGUCAACACGGAACUUGUCUAACUGAACAGAGCGAAGGAUAUCAACGUAUGUUCUGCGAAUGCGACUAUGGUUUUACUGGUCAACUGUGCGAACAAAUGCUUGAUGUUUAA